UGAGCCGAGGACCGAUCACACACCGAAGAUAAGAGCGACUGGAGAUUGGGGCUGUCCUAAACAGUACCAACGCACCGAGCAGGGAGACACCUUUGGAGAGCUUACGAGCGGGAGUUGGGGAUACACCGGACUGCUUUUGUGCCACGGUUCCAAGACAAGUGUUCUCAUCAUUUCGUAUGUCCAGGAUGGAGCGACGGUGUUGGUGGUGUUUACCGGUAUUGAGCUGCCUGCUCCAGAUUUUCUCAGCCCACAGUGACUUUUACACAUCCAUCGGUCACAUGACAGAUCUGUUGUACACAGAGAAAGACUUGGUCACUUCACUGAAGGAUUAUAUCACGGCAGAGGAGAACAAGCUGAAGCAGGUCAAACUGUGGGCAGAGAAGCUGGAUGUGUUGUCAGCCACAGCCGUGCAGGAUCCCGAGGGCUUCCUGGGACACCCGGUCAACGCCUUCAAACUGAUGAAGAGGCUGAACACAGAAUGGGGAGACCUGGAGAGCCUGGUGCUGAAGGACACCACAGACGGCUUCAUCUCUAACCUGACCCUCCAGAGGAAACACUUCCCUACAGACGAGGACCAGACAGGCGCAGCCAAGGCCCUUCUCAGACUGCAGGACACUUACAGGCUGGAUACCAACAUCAUCUCUACAGGAGACCUGCCAGGAGUGACGCACAAGAGCCCUAUGACGGUGGAGGACUGCUUUGAGCUGGGGAAUAUUGCCUACACCGAGGUGGACUACUACCACACUGAGCUGUGGAUGGAGCAGGCCCUGAAGCAACUGGACGAAGGAGAGGAGUCCACCGUGGACAAGGUUACCGUGCUGGACUACCUCAGCUAUGCCAUCUACCAGCAAGGGGAGCUAGGCAGGGCCCUGGAGCUCACCAAGAGGCUGCUCAUACUGGACCCGGAACACCAGCGUGCCAACGGCAACCUGAAGUACUUUGAGUUUCAACUGAUAAAGCAGAGGAAGGCCCAGGCCGAGGAGGCCCAGAAGACCCAGAAUGAGGGCAAGGGGCGAACGAAGAGACAGACGAGUGAUGCCUCCAAGAAGAAGAUGCGCUUCAGGGAGCCUGUCCCAGAGAGGAAGAUGUAUGAGAUGCUGUGUCGAGGGGAGGGCAUCAAGCUGACCCCCCGCAGACAGAGCCGGCUUUUCUGCCGUUACUAUGACAACCACAGUCACCCCAGGUACCUGUUGAGCCCGGUGAAGCAGGAGGACGAGUGGGACCGGCCCUACAUCGUCCGUUACCAUGACAUCAUCUCUCACAGCGAGAUCGAGAAGGUCAAAGAGCUGGCCAAGCCCAGGCUCCGCCGGGCCACCAUCUCCAACCCCAUCACUGGUGUGCUCGAGACUGCCCCCUACAGGAUCAGCAAGAGGCGCGCCACAGUACAUGACCCUCUAACUGGGAAACUCACCACGGCCCUGUACAGAGUCUCCAAGAGUGCAUGGCUGACAGCAUAUGAACACCCAUUGAUUGACCAGGUCAACCAGCGGAUUGAGGACCUCACAGGACUGGAGAUGGACACUGCAGAAGAGUUGCAGGUUGCAAACUACGGUGUGGGAGGGCAGUAUGAGCCACACUUUGACUUUGGACGGAAAGAUGAGCCUGAUGCCUUUAAAGAGCUGGGAACUGGAAACCGCAUAGCAACCUGGCUCUUCUAUAUGAGUGAUGUGGCAGCAGGAGGUGCUACAGUUUUCCCAGAUGUGGGUGCUGUAGUAUGGCCGAAAAAGGGGACUGCAGUGUUCUGGUACAACCUGUUUCUCAGUGGAGAGGGAGAUUACAGUACUAGACACGCAGCCUGCCCAGUACUGGUGGGCAACAAGUGGGUAUCAAACAAAUGGAUCCAUGAACGAGGGCAGGAGUUCAGACGACCCUGUGGCCUGAAUGAGACUGCAUGAUGAAGGGUGAAGGCUUUCCUUCCACACCCCUCCUCCUCUUUCCCACUGUUCCUCUUGAACCCCGGGACCUGAGAACACUUCUGCAAACACUUCAGUCUAUGAAAAGGGGGCCAUGGGCAUCCCUCCUCCUCCUCUUCCUCCCUCCCUCCCUCCUUCAUUCGCUCCUUACCCCCACUCUGUUCCCCUCUGAGCCCAGGAUGUUUUGGGGCUUUCAGUUUGGACAGUAUUAGUGGUGUUCUGACUGACAUGGUGAUCUCAAGACUGUUGGAUAUGUCUCAAAUGAACACGUUGUGUGUUCAUUCUUAUGACUUUGUUUGCACUCUUUAUGGACUCUGUGUGUACACAGCUCAAAUGGUUAUUUCAGAGUGCAGGUUCUGGAGAUGACGGCAAGUCUAGCUAUGUUCUAGUGUAAUUCAUAUUUAGUCUCUGCUCCUCUCUACAUGAAUGAGUCCAUAGUAAGCCAUGGACUUUUUUGUUAAUUCAGGUCAAUGUUCACUCAACGUCUUAUUUCAAGUCACUCCAGUUUAUACUAACAUAACUCUUUCACAAAGACACCACACACACAGACAUACACUCCAACACUCCCACGUACUGCACAGACAAUCUUAUCUGAUGUUUAUCUGUUUAUAGCUUGGGGUGUAAUUUGUUUACUGUUUUUCUUUAUGCAAUACUAUCUGGGGGCCUCAAGGAAGAAAGAUUAUAUUUAUAUCUGACAAAAUUCCCCCAUGUUGUGUUUGUAUGUCCUUUCAAAUGUGCAGGAAUCUUUUUGGAAGUGUGAAAUGUAUGUUUUCUACAGAAAUCAAGUAUAUUGCUGCCCACCUGA